GGGAGCUGCUGGAGCUCCUUGUGUGUGUGUGUGUGUGUGUGUGUAGUUACCGUUACCAUUUUACUAUGUGUGUGUCUUAUAUUACAGCAAUGCUGCACAUCAGCGGCCAGAGAGAGGGGAGAGGGGAGGAAAAGCCUGUUUACACAGACUGCAAACCGCCUGGGGAAUAAUGCAGGAAAGGAAGUGAGCCGGCUCUCUGUCUGACUGCUCCAACUUCCUGCUCUCACACACACAUACACACCAACCAAGAAAAAAAAAAAAAAAGAAAAAAGAAAAAAACCAGGAUCUCAUUACAAGAGCAACAGAGCGCUUGCAGAAGACUGUCAGCAUGGAAAACCAGGGGAUUUUACCUAGCUCCCUUUAAACUACAAGGAGAGAUUGGAAAAGUCCACCAGGCUCUGGGUAUGGAGAGUGCAAUCACACUGUGGCAGUUCCUAUUGCAAUUGCUGCUGGAUCAGAAACACGAGCACCUGAUCUGUUGGACAUCCAACGAUGGGGAAUUCAAGCUACUCAAAGCAGAAGAGGUGGCCAAGCUGUGGGGACUCAGAAAAAACAAAACUAAUAUGAAUUAUGACAAGCUAAGCAGAGCUCUCCGAUACUAUUAUGACAAGAACAUCAUCAAGAAAGUGAUUGGACAGAAGUUUGUGUACAAGUUUGUCUCCUUUCCUGAGAUUUUGAAAAUGGAUCCUCAUGCUGUGGAAAUCAGCAGAGAGAGCCUCUUGCUGCAGGACAGCGAGUGUAAGAUGCUUUCCGAGGGCAGAGACCAGCACAAGCACAAUGUGUCAGCUCUGAAAAGCACAAGCCGUAACGAAUAUAUCCAUUCUGGUCUGUACUCUUCUUUCACCAUCAACUCCCUGCAGAACCAGCCAGACACUCACAAGCCAAUCAAAACAGAAAAACUGGAGGAGAAGUCGGAAGGAAACACACCGGUGGAAGAAGUCAGGACUGUUAUAAGAUUUGUGACAAACAAAACAGACAAGCAAGUGAUGAAGCCCAUUGUGUCAUUGCCAUCGACGUCCGAAGCAGCAGCUGGCUCUGCUUUUCUCACCUCUUCAGUGUCAGCUAAAAUAUCUUCUUUAAUGUUGCCUACCACAGCCAGCAUUUCAUCUACUACUUCGCCGUCUUCAUCACGGUCUCCGUCUCUGUCUCCUCACUCACCCCUCCCUUCAGAUCACAGGAGCCUCUUUCUUGAGUCCAGUUGCCAUGACUCAGAUUCUCUUGAGCCUCUGAACCUCUCUUCAGGUUCCAAGACGAAAUUUCCAUCUCUUCCCCCAAAGGCUAAAAAACCCAAAGGCUUGGAAAUCUCAGCGCCGCCCAUGGUUCUUUCCAGCACCGAUAUCGGUUCCAUCGCCCUCAACAGCCCAGCACUUCCUUCGGGAUCCCUGACUCCAGCUUUCUUUACUGCACAGACCCCAAAUGGAUUACUGUUGACCCCAAGUCCACUGCUGUCUAGCAUUCACUUUUGGAGCAGCCUUAGUCCUGUAGCUCCUUUGAGUCCUGCCAGGCUACAAGGACCAAACACCUUGUUCCAGUUUCCAACUCUGCUAAAUGGUCACAUACCAGUACCAAUCCCAAGUUUGGAUGGGGCCUCUUCUCCAGUACUGCUUUCUCCAAAUGCUCAGAAAUCCUGAUGACGUCUCAUCACGUUAAGGACUCAUUAACUGAUUUAAUACAUUCAUUCCCAUGGGUUAGUUUUUCCUGUGUCAUGAGAAGGACAUUGUGAAACCCUCCAUUUCUUUGGUUUGCACUUUUCAUUACAUGGAUCUACUUUUAUUAUGUUAGCAUUUUUAAACAGUGUUUUUAUAUAUAUAAAAAUCUGUUUUGCAUUAAGUGAAUUAUAAUUUUGUUUAUCAUAGCUCUCAAGUGUUGAACACUGUUGUUGAUGAAGUACUUUUCUUAAUGGAUUUCAACAAUGUAUCUAAUAAGGAUGUGAAGCUUUUUUUAUCCUUUUUUUCUGCAUAUUAUGCAUUGUGCUUGUGUAAAGUAUAACCGGCUGUGCCUUCUUUUGCAUAAUGUUAUGCAAAUGAUUUAUAUAUUUUCUAGUAUUAAGAUAAAGGUUGAAAGACAAAACUAGUAUUGAACAGCCCUAUGGUAGUAUUUCAGUAUUUUUUCACAGAUAGGCCAUAAUGAUGCAGUGUAUUCAUGUAACUUUGUAUUAAGUGCUUCCAAAUUGUAUAAAAAAUAGCCGUAUGAUUUUUCUUUGCUAAACUGAAAGAACAUAAUAAAUGUUAUGUCCAGGAAAUGCAUUUAAGAAUAACGAAGCCAUAGCUAGACAGAUGCUGAAGCCCACUUUCCUCUCUGGUGUAACUCCAUUGACUUUCACAGAGUUACACCAGGGAGGGAUUGGGCCCUGAACAUUAAUAAAAUGUUUUAAUGGUAUUUUGUAAAUGUGUCUGCAGAGAAAGAGGACUCACUCAAUACCUAUUAUUUUCAUAAAUUGCUUAUGAAUUGUUGGAGUAACAGCUGAAAAGACCCAUCAUGUACUUUCCAUUCUCCUGGCUGAUGCAGGAUUGUUCCCUCUGUUGGUUUUCCAAGUGCUUUGUCCAGUUGUUCCAAAUGCCUUUCACUGCUUCCCUUGGAAGAAUAUUUCAGCUACUUAGCUGUCAGAAUAUGAGGCUUUCCCCAAAGCUGUGGAAUUUGUAGAACUUUAAAUUAACACCUUGUGCUUGUAAAGAGACCUACCGUAUUCAUGGGAUUGUAUAUGUGGAAACAUCAAGUAUUUGAGAAUUGUGGAUUCAUAAGUAAUGCUGCAUCACUAUCUGUAUACAACCUAAAGAUUCAUGUAUUAAGCAUGCACUCUAGCUUGAGGUGGUGGCGGCUUAGUCAUCUCAAAGUGUCAGGUUAGAAAUACCUAGACUCCAUCGCACCACAGAUUCCAAACUUGGCAGGGCUGACACAAACCUUGUCUUUUAAGGUAGAUAAAUUGGGUUGUGUGCAGUAUCUUGUGUGGAUCUCUCAGAUGAGAUCUUUAAAACACAACAAAACAAAACACCCAAACGAGGAUCCUCUCUGUUACAGCUGGUCAAUAAAGAUCCCACAGCACUUUUUGCGUGAAUAGUGGGUUUUGUCCUUGUAACUGGCCUCUUUCUUUCAUUUUAUGAAGUGAACUGUGUGCCAGUUGUCUGCCUGGAUGCAUUUCAGUGGUGAUGCAUGUGUUUAGUUGUAAAAUGGUUUGCAAUCCUUCAAGAUGAAAGGUGCUAAAUAAACAUUUUAUUAGUAAA